AUGAGUCCCUUGUCCAGCAAAACUACCUUCACCCAGGAUUCCGUAGAGGACCUCAGAGGCCGCACCGCGCUCGUCACCGGCGGCACCGGUGGCAUAGGCUACGAAGUCGCACGCGCCCUUGCCCUCGCCAACGCACGCGUCCUCGUCCUCUCCCGCAAGGUCGACAACGGUCAUGCCGCUGUCGGGAAAAUAAAGGAGUCCGCACCUGAGGGCAUCAUUCCUGACGUUGAGUUUGUGGAGUGUGAUUUAGGAAGCCUGGAGAAGGUGAGGGAGGUCGGGCAGAUGCUGUGUGAGAGGGAGGAGAGGCUUGACUUGUUCAUAGGCGACGCCGGCGUUGGCGUCAACAAGUUUGACUUCGACUCCGACGGCCUUGAUCGCCACUUCGGUGUGAACGUUCUCGGGCACUACUACCUCCUCAACCUUCUCCUCCCCCUCAUGCGCCGCACAGCCGCCAUUCCCAACACGCCGUCUCCACGCAUUGUCCUAGUUUCUUCUUCCCUGCACUCUACCGCCCCGUCGUCCGUCAAGUUCAAAGAUGCGAGCGAGGUGAAGGGUAAUGAGAAACCUAAUGCUGGUUUUGGGCCUGGACAACUGUAUGCGAGGAGUAAGCUGGGGGAUUUGUUAUUGGUGAAGGCGUUGGGCGAUUAUGUACUGAACAGCGAUCUGGGUGAGGGAGAAGGUAAGAUAUGGGUAGAGGCGAUCCAUCCUGGGGCGGUGCAUACGGCGCAGCCGAAUCAGUUCAAGGAGGCCUAUGGAAAGGUAUUCGGGACCCUGGCAAAAGCAGCCGUCAUCCCUUUCAUGACCGGUCCUGAUCAAGGCAGUCUGAGUACGCUUUACGCUGCUACGUCAGACGAUAUUCCGAAGAAUGGGUGGCAAGCCGAGUACUUUGCCCACCCUGGCCCUCCCGGCGGCGAGUCGAAGCAGGCACAAGACGAAGAACUACGGAAGAACUUGUGGGAGCUUUGUGAGAGUUUGGUCAAGGAGAAGCUGGGUGAGGGGUCGUUGAGGAGUUGGGCGGAGGUUCAAGGGUAG